UAUAUUCUAAAAAAAACUAAUAGCAGUUCAAUGGGAUAGUGUGAUUGUUACUUUGAUAUUUUUAUAUAUUGGAGAAAAAAACCCACAAAGGUUUAAUGGGUGUAUACUAGUGAUCACAUUUUUAGCUCAGGGGGUUGUACUAAGUUGAUAAACCCAUAAUAACAUUUUAAUUAAUCUGUAUAUCAAAUGAGAAUCACUCAUACGCAGGAUGCUGAAAUCUUUUUCUAAAGUGAGAAAUUAUGUUGAUGUUUCUGAUAUCAUGAAAAAAGAUAUCCUCAUUAUAUAGUAUUGGCUUAAUCAUUUACGCAUGAAUUUGAUUGUCAAUAGGAACUUGUUUAAACUUUCUUAUCAAAACUUCAAAACUUGUAUUCUGUUUCGGAGAGUGACAUGGAUUUCAGUGCAUGGAAUAAUUUUGCUAUUUAUUUGCAAAUAUUCCUGUAUUUCCUCCGUCUUUACGUCGAGGGUCAUGUCUGCCCCAGGUGCUUCUGUUGUGCAAAUGGCUCUGACUGCAGGGAGACUGAUGGCCUUUGUUACGGGAACUGCAUGCAAGGGUAUUUUGGAUCCUUCUGUAACCAACAUUGCGGCUACAACUGCUUAGAAUGUGACAAAUACAGUGGUUGUACACUCUGUAAAGAGGGUCACCAUGGCGACACAUGUGACUUGUGCAAGGAGGGAUAUUAUCCAAUGGGGAAAGAGUGUCUCAAAUGCCCUGGAAAUUGUAUCACAUGUCUUUCCUUCGAGAAGUGUCAUUCAUGCAUGGAUGGAAUGUUUGGGAACUCCUGUCAAUAUAACUGCAGCGCAUGCAUAAAUGGUGACUGUGAUGUUAAAUCCCCAUCUUGCCAGUGUCAUUUAAAGUUUAGUGGUACAUUAUGUGACACAUGUUCCUCGGGUUUCUAUGGCGACAAAUGUGAAAAUAACUGCUCGUUUGGCUGUCUUAACACAUGUGAUUCUAAAACAGGGGAGUGCCUUUGUAAUCAGCAUUUCUCUGGCAAAAAAUGUGACGAGUGUGCUUCAGGGUACUUUGGAAUCUCAUGCGGGUCUAAGUGCCUGAAAAGCUGUGCAACGUGUUUGGAAAGUAACACGUGCACAACAUGCCUUCCAGGUCGUUAUGGAGAUGCAUGUCAAAUGAGCUGCUCAUUUGGCUGUGUUAAUAACACAUGCACAGCUGACGGGAUGUGCGCAUGCAAACAAAAUUUUACUGGUGAAAACUGUGACACAUGUAUUUCCGGACAUUAUGGACUGUCCUGCAACUUGUCAUGCUCUGCCUAUUGCAUAAACUGCUCCUCAUUGCAAGAAUGCCACUCAUGUGAAACCGGGUUCUUUGUGAAAAAUGGAACAUGUCUCAAAGUGAACGUUCCCGAUGCAAAACCAUUGAGUGAGGAAGGCCAUUCUGUGAAUGUAAUUGUUAUCUGCAGUUUGGUUGCCAUCUUCGUCAUCAGCAUCAUCGUUGGCCUCACAUUCUUCUGUGUCAAGCAACGAGGGAAGAUCUACCUUCACCCUGCUGGUCCUCCACGUGGCAUCAAAAUAGAUGACAUCAUCAGUAUCUACAACAUCAGCAGUGAUGUUGGAAAAUCAUCGGAAAUAGAGUUUCACCAAGACGAUGGUUAUUCAACACUGGACAAGAAGCAUUUGGAUAGCAAAUAAACUAAUAUGCUCGAACUUCGUGAAAUGGCAUUAUCGAGAAUCGCCCAUGAUCAUUUUAU